GACCCAAGCCUCGUGCAUUUUGUCUCAGCUGUGUUAUCGCGCCUGAUUCCGAACGCACUCUCAUCUCUACGCACUUGUUAAUUUUCUCGCUUGAAUUCGAUCCGCAACCGUGGUCACGGGGUAGCGCAUAACUGCUCGGCGUUCCGCUUCGUACGUAGCGGCCUCUUCCACUUCCAGCAAUUCGCAUACAACAGUCAUCCCGAGAGGCGCCAUGGCAUUCAAGUCAGAAGAGAAAGUCCCCGUCUCCGACGAGGAUGUUUCGAUGGCUUCAUCCUCGGCUGAGUCCGCGACCAGUUCGGCGGGUGAGUCGAGCAGCGAGAGCGGAAGCGACAGCGAGAGCGAAAGCACACCAACCUCUACCAAGCCUUCGGCCCACGCCCCUCAACCAUACAAGGCACCCUCCGGAUUCAAGUCGGUGAAACAGCAGAGUGCCCCGAAAAGCAAUGUCUCCUCGCUCCUGUCCGAUCUGCGCGGCAAGCAGGUUUACCACAUCACCGCGCCGGACUACCUCCCCCUCUCGAAAGUCGAAGAAGUCUCGUUGGCCAAGAUCAUGCAAGGCAAGCCGGUCCUGAAGUACAAGGGCGUACAAUACGGCAUCCCCGUGGAGAGCAUCAAGCAGCCCGGGGUGGGCGGACAAACCCUCCAGCUCUACGACCAGAAAACCAAGACCUACUACAGCACGGCCGCCAGCAACAUCCCGAGCUACCACAUCCAAGAGCUGGUGGACCUGCCCCGCGCGUCGGAGGAGGACAUCCUCGCGGCCGCCAAGGAGCAGGUCAAGCCCCCGCGCAAGCAGCCUAAGAACCUGAAGAUGCGCUUCCACCCCGUCGGAAGCGGACAGCUGCCCCCCGAGACGAUCGGGUCCAGUGCCGAAGAGUCCGACGGAGACGAGCCCACGUUCAAAGUGCCCAAGUCGUCGGAGAAGGAGCGGGAAGAACGGAAGCGCAAGCACCACCCUACGGAGGAAGAAGGAGCGCCUAGUAGCGAGGUGUCCCGCAAGAAGUCCAAGAAGCACACAUCGUCCCAGGACGCGGAGCCUGUAGAGGCCGAUGAGGACAAGAAGAGCAAGAAGAAGUCGAGUAAGAGCCGAGACGAGAAGAAGCGGAAGAAAGCGGAUAAGGCGGCUUGAUUGAGGCGAUGAUUGGGGGGGAGGGGCUGCUAUCCUUUGUUUCUUCUAUUAAAAGUUGGCAUUACUAGACAAGGUGUAAUCUUGCGGCUCCGUUUGGCAUGUGAUAAUUAUGUGACUGUUGUCUACUUGUAUAUAUGCAACAAUCGCCUGUGUCGCAAAUUGCAAUAGGGUGCAGUAUUCCAAGUUGGAGGGCAGGACUCUAUUUUCAGACGAGGGUUAUUCUGGGCCCACCGCCGACAACAAUUAGUGCCGAUCAACCCCGACUUUGGGUUUCGAACAGGGCUGCUAGGCGUAACUUAGCCACUAACUCCUCGUACUGG